GACGCCGCCGUCAUCCAGCUCUCGCGCUCCUCGCGCGCGCCGCAAGUCACGCUGCGGGAGGACAUGCUCACCGCUGUCGGCUUCAAGGGGUACCGGAUGGUGCGCGCGACGCACGGCGUGCGGUCGGGGUCGUGGUACUUCGAGGUGCGCGUCGGGCAGACGCUCAACGACGAGGACGGCCACACCCGCCUCGGCUGGUGCACCGAGAUGGGCGAGCUACAGGCGCCGGUCGGCUUCGACGCAAACUCGUACAGCUACCGAGACAGGGGGGGCACAAAGUUCCACGAGUCG